AUGGAAGGAAAUGCCGCCUUAAGGAAAGUCACAGUGAAAAACUACACGGAGUUCUCGACGAUUAUUUCUCAGCAUCUUCGUACCGUCAAGGAGCUGCCUCCUCCCCCCGAUGCACUUUAUGAUGUGGGCUCCAGGCCGAAGGACAUUACCAUUUCCUACUGUGGAUUCAAGUACCAAGACAAGAAGCCUCUUAUACACGUGGAGCUGGACGAUACCAGUCAACCCUUAAUACUUCCCGAGACCAAAUCGAAGCCUAUGGCCAAAUCUAAGCCUGAGGUAUCUCAGCGAGAACCAUCUAUAAACUACUCUCUAGAUCUUAAGUGUCCCUGUGGUUGUCUUUCCGUAGCAAAUUUAACGCGCGCUCAACAAAUCCAUUAUCGGCUGCAGAAAGGGGUUUGUGUAUAUCACUAUAGAAGGCCUUAUUCGUCCGUGACUACCGAGGCAGCUGAAGCCACAAAGCCAAACGACACUCUCAACCAUCCUGGUCAGCCCCAAAACAUGCAUACAUAUCAGUGGUGGUAUCCCCUUAACCUUAGCACCAUGCGUGCUCAGAACAAGCUCUACGAUCUUACACAUUCAUCCGUCUCAAUUAUCUAUUCAUCUGUUUUCAAUGCUGAAGCACCCCGUCCAAAGUCAUCCCUGACUGACCAGGGUAUAGAGCAUCAUCAACCUCAUAAAGAGGAGGCUGCAUCCAUUCCGGAGACAGCCAUAGAUACAGUAAGUGCAUUUCCAGGAAUCUUUGCUUUAAUCGACACCUCUCUUUCAGCAGAACACUCUAUUACCUGUAAGAAAUGGGCUAAAGCGCACGCACACGAACGCGCCCACGGCUUUCUUUAUUCAAGCUUAUUACCUAACAAUUUACGCCCAGAAACUGGUGAUGUAGAGAGCACUACCUUUCAGGCACUAACAGAUACUACACUGCGCUUUGAGUCUCGGUUUGAGAGUGGGAACCUACUGCAGGCAACUAGACUGCCAAUGUGUACGGAGAUGGGAACUCCAGAGUCAGAUUUGUUUCCUUACAAGACAGAAUACAUAACAAAUGCUACUGGUGUCACCGCCAAGUACUGUGCUGCGGAUCAGACCUACUUUCUUAUGCUUAGACCAGACACCAACUCAACGGGAAACACCCAGUGGUAUUAUUUUGCCGUCGGAAACACAAUUCCAGGAAUUAGAUACAAUUUCUUCAUCGCUAACUUCACCAAGACGUCCUCUCAGUAUUCUGAUGGCAUGUCACCGGUUAUAUUUAGUGAAACAGAGUACAUGCUCUCCGGUCGGGGCUGGGAGAGGGGCGGCUUUGAUGUAGCUUACUAUUCAAAUAGCCGGUAUCUAAAUGCAGAUUCAGGUUCAUUAACUACUCCUGUUCAAGAUAAGAAAACAAAGAACUCCGAUUAUGACGACUCCCAAGACGACUCUCAGGCGCCUGCCACUUCGAAAGUGCCACAAAAGACAGAUACCAAUGCAGGCCCCGAUGUAAAACCUGUUUCCUGCCUUCUUGGGAGCUACUACACACUUUCGUUCAGUUACAUUUUCAAAUAUGCGGGAGAUAUUGUCUAUUUUGCACACACAUAUCCCUACACCUACGAGCAUGAACAACUCUGGAUCAACUCCUUGAUUCAUAAGAAUAUGUUGCAACGCCGUCAUAUUAAUAAUCGUUUAACUGCUGCCCUUAAUAAGGCAUUGCUGUUGGAUAGUGAGCUGGACAGUUUACCACAAGAUAACGCGGUCGAGGGAGGAGGCCUAUCAUCUUUGGAUAAGGCAUAUACGCUAGAAUUUGCAAAGGCAUACUACGCUUAUUCUCGUCUGAAGGUCAAGUUUUUACAAAAGCUAGCUGCUUUUAGGAGCAGUCCAAACUACCAGAUCGUGGCCAAGCUUCUGGCUUCGGCAGAUCACAAGAACAUAGACAUACCUAUUCUUAGCCAUAAGGUUGUUACCAAAUCGAUAGGGGGAAACGAUGUCGACAUGCUUACGAUUACAUCCUCAUCCACUUCAAUGCAGGAACUAAAGGCUCGAAAGAUUGUAGUAGUAUCUGCAAGGAUUCACCCUGGCGAAGCACAAUCCAGCUAUGUCUGUCAGGGGCUUGUUGACUAUCUGCUCUCUGAUGCCCCGAUAGCAUGUCUGCUGCGCAAACUAUAUGUCUUUAAGGUUUUCCCAAUGAUCAACCCAGAUGGAGUUAUAUUAGGAAAUUACCGGUGUAACCUAGCUGGCGCAGAUCUUAAUCGGCGGUGUGUACAGCCAUCUAUGGCACUGCACACAUGUGUCUAUGGCUUUAAAAAGGUUCUCCUCUCACUUGUGUCUUGUCCAUCUGGUAGCUUGAUAAAGAGCACCACUCAGUGUGAGCAGCAGCGCUCUGACAGCGCUGGUAGCUCCAGUAGCUUCGAUAGUUCGGGCUCAAAAGAUUGUGUAGAGAAAGCUCAUGGAAAACACCUCUAUCAGACCUGUUCAGGGCAAACAGAAGACCUUGCUUUCAAUGAUUUAGUGGUGGCGGACGAUGCCUGCAUCAAGCCACCGAGGCAGCCAAAAUCUGGUCCCCAGACACGGCCAGCAACUUGCAAGCCAUCAACAAAACGAAUAGACAAUGUGUCUGGUGCAAGCACAGUUAGCUCUGAGAAUAGAGCCACUGUUAUAACAAAUAAGGCCAUCUUAGCAAACAUAGAUCUACAUGGUCAUUCUCGUAAGACAAAUGUCUUUGGCUAUGCAUGCUACGGAGACAGCGAAGAGCACUUUUAUUUUAAAGCUUUGAAUAGGCUGUCGCCAUAUUUUAGCAUAAAGGAUUGCAGAUAUUCGAUUGGAAAGCAAAAGGAGUGCACACAACGUGCUGUGUCAUACAACAGCUUUCAUAUCCAGCGUUCCUAUUGCAUAGAGACCACAUUUGGGGGGAUAACAAAGGCUGGAAGCCCCAAAUUUGGCCUACAAAUGUGUCAGAAGGACUUCCUUGAGGUUGGCCGGGAUCUUGCACAAAAUAUGCUCUAUUUAGAGGGGGAGCAGCUAGCAUCUCUUCACCAUUUUGCAGAUGAGUUCCUUGUUCAAAUGUACUCGCUUCUAUACAAUGCAGAGACAAAGAACUUUAUAAUUCAAUGGUUCGGAUCAGAAUCUAUACUGGCAUCCAGACCGAAUGCUUCCAGAACACUGGUACUCAAUGAUCCUGGGACUUAUAAUCAAUUUUGUGACUGGGUGCAUGAAAAUGUAUUACAGGAAGGGAGCUGUGAAAAACCUGACAAUAAGUCAAAGGAGGAAGUAGAGACUCCCGCUCCAUCUGCUGUCAAGCGUGGGCCGUCGAAAAAGAAGACCGUGUGUUUCAAUAUGGAUGUCGAUACGGCAUCUAACGCACAGCACUGUACCUCAGAAUUGGGGAAAGAGCUCAACAUAAAUGAAACGCAUGGCUCAUCUGAACUGUCACCGUCUCUCCUCAAUCUUCCACCAAUAGGAUCGACCAUCACUCUUCCGUACAUAUACACAGAGAACGAUCUACACCAAGACCUCUACAUCAUAGAGCAAGUCAAAGCCAUCACUUCCCUUUUACCAGAGCCAUCCACUCUGAGUAUUUCUGCAUCUAAAUCACAAAAACCGGAUCAAGACGGGCACAGCUCUGAUGACGACGUUCAGGUGGAGGUUAUCAAUCCAAGCAAGUCAAAACCUCAACGCAAGAGACUCUCUUCAUCCUCCGGCACAGGAUUACCCAUGUCGGGAUCACGAUCAUCUGUUUCUCCAGAAGGCAUAGAGCAAUUAGCCAAAGAGAUCAUUGCCGCUCAAACAGAUGAGGCGCAACUCGAGAAUGCUCUCGAAAGUGAAAUAAACACUAGAGAGCAAGCUGAGAGGCCAAGCGUGGGCCUUUCUGUCAAGAAGUUCGGCAAACUUGUCUACAAAUCUCUUCCAUUGAGAUCUGCAGUCACUGACACGUCUAACACAGAUCAGUCAUCAGAACAACUAGGCAAUGCAGAGCAGAAAAGCAGUGAGGCGGAAUCUCAGUCCAAAGCCAAAUCCAAGAUUUCUUCUAAACAUGACAGUGUACCACAAGAUGCAACUCGUAAACGGCAAGAUCGCACUAGUCGAGGUACUUCAGGUAGAGACCAAUAUAGUAAGCAAGGUGGCCGGACACUUGACGGACUUACCAGUACUGAUUUUUCGGAAGGCAUUCUUCCCACCGAAGGCUUUAAGACAAGUUGGGGAGGAGGCACAGAAAAGGCCACACGUAAGACAUCACAAGCUGAUCUCUUCUCUCGACUGGCAAAGAAUCCUUAUAAGAUUUUGCCAGAGAAGCGAGAGUACAUGCAAGAGGCAAUGCAAGCAACAAGCCGUCUAGCGACAUAUUCUAUUGUCACCCAUACAGCAGAAGAUCUUCCGGUUGACCGCGUUGCUGCAAACAUAGCAAGCAGACUCCAGAAGGGGUUAACAAGCUCGCGGGUGUGGGAUGAUUCGCAGACACGAGCAGGCACAAUUCCUGCAUCUCAUUCGUUUGCGUACUCUCAGAAUAGCUUUUCAGUAAUGAAGGAACAAGCCUUUGGUGAGAAUGCUGACAGUACAGAUGCAGGGCCAUUCAUAGCUCCACGGAGACCGGGCUCCUCUCAGCGGGCCGUAGUUUCUUCAACAGGCUGGCGUUCAACGGCACAGCGCCCAACGCAUGCUCGUCUCGUAAGUGUUCCGCAAGUCACAACUCGCACGCGACCUACUGGGCGAGCAUCUGUUCAGGCACAACCUGGAUCCCGGGGCCCCGGUUGA